AUGGUGGACCGUGGAUUGACCCUUGCGGUACUCCCACCAUCACCAAGGCAAGGCACCGCCAUCACCUACGCCACACGAAGCACCGUGCCGACGACACCGACUCGCACGACCACCGACUCGCCUGGCGAAGUCGAGAGAGACGCGCGCAACGCCUAUGUAGUUUACUUCGAGGCUCGAGCUAUACGUGCCGGGGUCAUAUUCUCAUCGGCGAUGCAUGGCCGCCGGUACAGUCGACGGGAACAGUCGGCCAGCCGGCUGGCCCCGGAGGAGCGCGCGUCGCGAGGAAAAAAAGAUCUGGCACACGGGUCAGCCGCGAUUUUCAACGCUUGUAGUCCACGCCCGCCUUCGCGCGCAAGAAAGGUCCCGGAAACCCGAUCAAACAACGGCUAUGAUCUAGAUAUACUCCAAGCUUCAGCUUUGAACUUCAAAUUAUUACGAUAAAUUUAUGUGUAAAUGUGGACACGAGUUCUCCUACGUUAUUCAAUAAGUUUUCGCUGUUUUAUUAUUCCUAUUUUUCUUUAAAUAAAUGAAUAUGCGAUGGGUCAAGUACGCCUACGAGAUCGUGCGUUAUCGGUUGAUCACAACCGGUAGUAACCUUGUCGAGCUUAAAAGAAGGCCAUGGGCGAAGGUGAUCGCACGAAUGACAUUACAGAUUCAUUACAGAUUCGCGAAGCGGAUAGUUAGUUUCUGCCUUUAAAUAUUAU